AUGGCUGAAUACCAUCCUCAACGCAGUCCCCGGGCAGUAGCAGAUCUUGCACAACAAAGCAGCAAUGAACCAAAUCCACAGCACGACCAGUACAGUCCGAUUGAACCACCAGUGCAGGAAAAUGAGGAUGAGACGCUGAAGCUUGGAUAUAUCAAUGACGAUGCAAGCCACCGACAGACGGAGAUAGAUGCCCAUGCAGAGGGCGAGCCAUCAAGGACGGAUUCGGAGUUGACCAGGCACGAUACCGUCGCGACGACCAGGACCACCACUCCUGGUGGCCGCCAGCCUAGCCUGACAAACACGGUGUCCCGCGUGCCCACAGCGACGAAACCGCCCUCGUUCUCCCUGGCGCACGAGAUCCUCUUCAUCGCCGUCAUCAGCUCGGCACAGUUGCUCACACAGUCGGCGCUCGCACAGUCCAUCGCCCCCCUGCACGUCAUCGGCCACACCUUCAACACCACAAACCCGGGCCAGCUGUCGUGGCUCGCGGCUGGCUACUCGCUGACCGUGGGGACGUUCAUCCUCCCCGCGGGCCGCUGGGGCGAUCUGUAUGGGCACAAGCGCCUCUUCGUGAUCGGCUACUUCUGGUUCGCCGUUUGGUCACUGGUGGCCGGCUUCGCGGCCUUCUCGCGCUCGCUGAUCUUCUUCGCCUUCUGUCGCGGCAUGCAAGGAAUCGGUCCCGCCAUCCUGCUACCCAACGGCGUCGCCGUGCUAGCCCGCACCUACCCGCCCGGCAAGCGGAAGAACAUGGCGCUCAGCAUCUUCGGGGCCACCGCUCCCGUAGGCUUCGUCGUCGGCGCCACCUUCUCCGGCGUCUUCGCCCAGUUCGUCUGGUGGCCCUGGGCGUACUGGGUCUUGGCUAUGGUGCUGACCCUGGUCGGGGUGCUGGUAAUCUUUGUCGUACCGCCCAUGCCGGUCACGGGCCCGUCGGCCACCGUCCAUGAGCUGGACGUCACGGGCACCAUGCUCGGCGUGCUGGGCCUGAUUUUCUUCAACUUUGCCUGGAACGAAGGUCCCGCCGCAGGAUGGGGCAAGGUCUAUGUCUAUGUCCUGCUGAUCAUCGGCGUGGUGCUGCUCGUCGCGUUCUUCUGGUUUGAGAAGAACCGGGCCACGUUCCCAUUGCUGCCCAUGUCGUCGUUCACCAUGGACACGAACCUCGUCUUCGGGUGCGAAGCACUGGGCUGGGCUUCGUUUGGAGUAUGGGUGUUUUAUCUAUGGCAAUUUCUCGAGCUCGAAAGAAGCCAAUCCAUUCUGCUCUCAGCCGCCCAGCUCGUGCCCACGGCAUUGUCCGGUUGCAUGGCGGCCAUUACUACCGGGCUUCUGAUCGCCAAAAUGCAGCCAGGUUGGAUCAUGCUCAUCAGCAUCAGUGCCUUUCUGACCGGGAUGAUCCUGCUCGCCACUAUGCCGGUGGACCAAACUUACUGGGCGCAAACUUUCGUCGCUGCCGUUAUCACGCCCUGGGGCAUGGACAUGUCGUUCCCGUCCGGCAAUAUCGUGUUGUCUGACCACAUGCCGCCCGAGCAUCAGGGACUCGCGGCGUCCCUCAUCAACACCGUCAUCAAUUAUAGUAUCUCAAUCGGAUUGGGCAUGGCUGGGACGGUUGAGGUACAUGUGAACUCGGGUGGCCGCAACCCGCUGCAGGGCUACCGGGGAGCUUGGUAUUUGGCCAUCGGAUUCGACGGACUGGGCAUUUUCUGCGCCGUGUGUCUGAUUCUUUCUUGGAGAGCGCGAAUCAAGGGGAAAGAAAAGGACAACAAUCAGAAGGAGGUGGAUUUGGCGUAA